AUGUUUCAUCAGUCUGCUCGUGAUUAUACCAUCAUUGGAGACGAACUGUAUGCCCUGUUUAGAGAUCAGGAUGAUCUACACGCCCUCCAGCUAGCUAUUGGUCAUUACCACGCAGCCCUCACUGAAGAUGUCCUUGAUUCCCAAUGCAGCAGAAGCGACCAACUUUUGAAGCUGGGCACAGCAUUAUCUCGGCGUUUCGAUCUCGUUGGUGAUACUGCUGACUUGGACGUUGCCAUCGAUUGCCACAGUGUGGCCAUUGAACUUCAAACGCCGGAUAGUCUUGAUGUCCCCAUCACGCACGUCAAGCAUGCUCAAAUGCUUAUGAAACGCUUUGGGCUCCACGUAAACCAGUCAGACAUUGAUCUCGCAAUUGAACAAUACGCAUGCAUCUCCAAUCAAACCGAUCCUGCACACGAAGCAUGGCUGGUUGCCCUCGCCGAUGUACUGGUCACUCGCUUUUCCCACUGGGGAGACGUCAGAGACCUUAGCCAAGCUAUCCAUCUAUACGAAUCUGUAGUCAACUUCGAUGCCUCCAACGCACUCACUUCUGUGCUUGGUAAUCUAUCCCUUGCGCAUUUUCUUCGCUACCAACAAGAAGGUGAUGCUCCAGAUCUCACAUCAUCCAUUGUCUACUCUACAGAAGCUCUCGAUAAGAUAUCCUCCGAAGAUCAAAACCGUUCCGUCUUGCUCAAUAACCUUGCGAACGGCUUACUUUUUCGCUUCAAAAAGCUCGGGGGCACUGAUGACUUGGAGCAAGCCAUCAAAUCCUAUGGUUCUGUCAUUGAACUAUGUCUACCGGGGCAUAAAGGGCGUCUCCGUGCCCUGAGUAAUCUUGCAAGUGCAAUAAUGACCCGUUACGAACUCCAAGCGUCUCUAGUAGACCUUGAAAUCUCCUUAGGUUAUUUCCACGAAGCGCUCGAUAUCUGCCCCAAAAACCAUCCAGAUCGCCCCAUAUUGCUCGAUAACCUUGCGACUACCCUCCGCAAGCGUUUUCAACACACCGGUGACAUAAUUGACUUGGAAACAUCCAUCGAAAAUCAUUAUGAAGCACUACAUGUAUUGCCGCCGUCUCAUCCCCAUCGAUCUGAUACAUUAUGCUCGCUUGGCAACGCCCUCCAGUCCCGAUUUGCGUUUCAGGGGGAUCCUGAUGAUCUCGUUGCAGCUGUAGACCGCUACAGUGAGGCUCUCCGCCUGCAACCUCCAUCACAUCCAGAACGCGCUGACUUGUUAAACAACAUUGCCAACAUCGCUUUCAACCUGUUUGACGAACAGAGAAACCCUCGUGAUCUCGACCUGUCCAUCGAGCACUACUCUGAAGCGCUCCAGUUCAGCCCAGAAGGGUUUCGUCGGUCGUUGUUACUUCACAAUCUCGCUUCAUCUCUUACGACGCGUUUCAUAUACCGCAAUGAUGCCAAGGACCUGGACCGGGCAUUGGAGCUAGGUGCUUCUGCAUUGGAACUACGUGAAAGAGGCAAUGAAUACAGAUUGUCCUCUCACGUCAUGCUAGCAAACGCAAAGGGCCUCAAAUACGAGCUUGAAGGUGAUCCUGCCAUGCUUCAAGCUGCAUUCCAACAUCUUGACGAGGCACACGGUAUGUGCACUCCUGGCCACCCGUCCCUUCUCGACAUCUGGGAAGAGUAUUCACGUAUCCACCUUCAUGCCUACUCUAAGGCACCGCAAUCCACAAUCCACUUGGAGGAAGCAUUUCGGUACUUCAGAAGUGCAUCAACUCACAUAUCCGGAGGCUCGCUGCCAAAAUUCCGCGUUGCGUUACGAUGGAUCAAAGAGGCGGAGAUACACAAGCACCCAUCAGCACUGGAUGCCCACCAGAUCGCUUUGAACAUAUUCGACCGCCACGUCACGACGAAGCCAUCUGUUGAAUCACGGCACCGCAUAGUCCGUGAAUACGCAGCCUCUUUGGCUGUAGACGCUGCAUCGUGUGCUCUCAGACUUGGGUUGGUCACACUCGCUGUGGAGAUGCUGGAACACGGACGAGGUAUUUUAUGGACAUACCUCGGGCGUUUCCGGACGCCGCUGGAUGACUUGCAGAGCGCCGGUGAACAUGGCUGUCAACUAGCCUCUGAGUUUGUAAGGCUAGGCUCCCUUCUCGAAGACGCAGCGUGUGGUGCUGUGACUGAAGAGGGAUUACAGCACUACCGAAGUCUCCUCCGGGAAUGGGACGGUGUGGUAGAUCAGAUCCGGCUCGUAGAUGGGUUUGGCGACUUUCUUCUCGCACCGAGCUUCUCUAAGCUUAAAGAAGCAGCAAAGAAUGGACCAGUGAUCAUCACCAAUGCCAGUCAAUACUCCUGUGAUGCAGUGAUCGUCCAUCACGAGCACGACCCAAUCCACAUCCCCCUACCCGACAUCAACACAUCUGAUAUCCUUCGAUUGUCUGAACAGUUCAGGUACUUUGCUACCAAUCGCGGCAGAGGACGUUCCGCAGAAAGGGAGCUUACUGAGUUACUACGUCAAACAUGGGACACUGUCGUCUUUCCUGUAAUCAAAACACUAGAAUCCUCUCUUCACCUUCCCCAAGGUUCAAGGAUAUGGUGGUGUCCCACUGGUCGUUUCAAUAGCAUCCCGCUCCAUGCCGCAGCGCCGUUCCGGAAAGGCGAGAAAGGUCUGCCCAAUUACUAUAUUUCAUCAUACACACCGACCCUUUCUGCCCUCCUGCGGUGCCAAAAACUACGUCACGUUUCCAACGAUAAGACCCCGCCACGGAUCUUGGCAGUAGGACAGGCAGCACCCACUGGUGGUUUUGCAAAACUCGGGACGGUUGAUGAAGAACUCGAUUCGCUUCAAAGCAUCUUACCGCCCGUCAUGUCUAUGACACGAAUGACUGGUGAAAGCGCAACACGUUCAGAGUCCCUCCGCGCUAUUCAUUCAAGCCCUUGGGUUCACCUUGCCUGCCAUGGGAAACAAGAUGUGACUCGCCCUCUCAAGUCAUGCUUUGCCAUGAGCGAUGGACCUCUGGCGCUCUUGGACAUCGUUCGCGCACCAUCCGAUUCCUCAGAAUUUGCAUUCUUGUCGGCGUGCCACACCGCCGCUGGAGAUAAUAAAGCCCCAGACGAAGUUGUGCAUCUUGCUGCUGGGAUGCAGUUUGCUGGCUUUAGAGGAGUUGUUGGAACUAUGUGGGCUGUGGAUGAUGCCGUCGUGGUCAAUAUGGUCUCGGCGUUUUAUGAAGCCCUCCUCGAAAGAUCACCAGACGGACUAAAGUCUGAGCAUGCAGCAGUGGCUUUAAAUACAGCCGCAAAGAGAGUGGAUAAAACCGUUGUUCCACUGCAACAAAGGAUUGUGUUCAUCCAUAUUGGAAUAUGA